CCGCAUUGCACCCUCCCGCAGGACUUGGAGCUGUUCAGCGCUUUGUUUCUUUCUUUCUGUUUCUUUAAGACAGAGGUCGGGUGCUCUGCCCUAUUCCGAAAUGCCUGCCCAGGCUUCACACACUCUGCGCAUGCUUCCUGUAUGCGGAGUUGAGACAAUUCCGCGACUUCCGCGGCGCAAGAUGGGGACUUGGCUGGCGGCGAGACUGAACCUCCCAGCAUGCCUUGCAGUCGGUCCGGGAGUCCCGACGUCUAGUGAUGGGGGACCCCUGGUGCUUUGGGCCGCCAGCUCUGUUGUAGAACCUGAGGUUGAGGCCGGGGCCUGGGAAUUGGACGUCCGCAGAGGCGGAAGAUGGAAGCGUGGCGCUGUAUGAGAAGAGGCUACGGCCGCUGCGUAGUGGGACGAGGCCGAUACCCCAUGUUACCCCAUCACCAGAAGAGUCUGGGCAGAGACUGGACUGCACCGUGGGAGAAUCUGCAAAGGUGUUGCUGGAACAGACAUAUUUCUAGUUGUGUAAGGUGGCCUGGACAUUAUUCUCGUGCUCCUUACCCGUACUUCAGCAGUAGGCACUUUUCACUAAAUUGGAGACCACCUUGUCUGUUUGAGUCUAGAACUCAGUUUCCAUACUGGAACUGGAGACCUGACAACCUGAGCCAGACAUCUUUGAUUCAUCUCUCUAACGGCAUGCACUCUGAGGGAGAUGAACCUUCGUCAAAACGAAGAAAACACCAAGGCGCAAUAGAACGGCAUUGGGAAUACAUAUGUAACCAUAAUAAAGAAAAAAUGACGAUCCUAGGAGACAAAAAUGUUGACCCCAAAUGUGAAGACAGUGACAACAAGUUUGACUUUUCCGUGAUGUCCUAUAACAUACUUUCACAGGAUUUAUUGGAAGACAAUUCACACCUCUAUAGACACUGCCAGCGGCCAGUAUUACACUGGAGUUUCAGGUUUCCCAAUAGUUUGAAAGAAAUUAAACACUUUGAUGCAGAUGUACUUUGUUUGCAAGAAGUUCAAGAAGAUCAUUAUGGAACAGAAAUCAGACCAAGUUUGGAAUCAUUGGGUUAUCACUGUGAAUACAAGAUGCGGACAGGAAGGAAACCUGAUGGCUGUGCCAUUUGCUUCAAACAUUCCAAAUUUUCACUUUUAUCAGUGAACCCAGUGGAAUUCUACCGCCCUAAUGUUCCUCUGUUGGACAGAGACAAUGUUGGAUUAGUGUUGCUCUUGCAGCCCAAAGUUCCUAGUGCUGCGUCUCCUGUGAUCUGUGUAGCUAACACACAUCUCUUGUAUAACCCAAGGCGAGGUGAUAUUAAGCUGACGCAGUUGGCAGUGCUGCUGGCAGAGAUUUCCAGUGUUGCCCAUCAGAAAGAUGGUGGCUUCUGCCCACUGUUGUGUGGUGACUGUAAUUCUGUUCCUGGUUCUCCACUUAGUUUCAUAAAGGAAGGAAAAUUGAACUAUGAAGGACUUGCCAUAGGAAAGGUAUCUGGCCAGGAACAGUCUUCACGGGGACAAAGAAUUUUAUCUAUUCCAAUUUGGCCCCCAAACCUAGGUAUCUCACAGAACUGUGUGUAUGAGGUACAGCAGUUACCAAAAGUAGAAAAGACAGACAGUGAUUUGACGCAAACACAGCUGGACAAAGCAGAGGUCUUGGUGACAACUGAAAAAUUAUCUUCAAAUUUACAGCACCAUUUCAGCUUGUCUUCUGUUUAUUCCCAUUAUUUUCCUGAUACUGGAAUUCCAGAAGUGACUACCUGUCAUUCCCGAAGUGCCAUAACUGUGGAUUAUAUUUUCUAUUCUGCUGAAAAGGAAGAUGUUGCUGGGCAGCCAGGAGCUGAAGUUGCUUUGGUUGGUAGCUUGAAACUUCUAGCUAGACUGUCACCUCUUACAGAACAGGACUUAUGGACUGUUAAUGGACUUCCUAAUGAAAAUAACUCUUCAGGUCAUCUGCCUUUGUUGGCUAAGUUCAGACUUGAGCUCUGACUCUUCUUUGAUUACAUACUGUAUUCUCUUUCAAAGAACCUUAAGUUCUUAAGAGUUUGCAUGUUGCUUAUUUUUGUGCUGUAAGAAAACAUUGUUAAAUGUUUGAAACAAAUACCAGAAGAAAAACGUUUACAUAAUUUUCUUUUUAAUAAUGAAAAAAUAUUUUCAGGACAAGUGUGAGAUCUAAAUGCUCUUUAUUGUAAAAGAGUUGUAUUUUUUAUUCUAAAUCCCAGUAAACUGACAGUGAUUUUUAAAUAUAAUGCAUCUUCUUUAGUCCUGAGUAAAGAAUUUCAUUUCUUGUUUUUGCAAGCCUGACAGUGGACCCAAAGUAUCAUUGAGUUCUUGCAGUCCACAACUCAUUUCCCUUCUAGAAGGUCUGAAUUAAUUGUGAGGACGAUGUUUAUUGAAUCCCAGUUAGUUCAUCUAAGAAACCAUUGGGUCAUUUGCAAGUAUCCAACCACCAUUUUAGUUUUGUUUUUGAGGGUGCUUGAUAGUGCAUUUUAAAAUUGUACAAAUUGUUUAAUCCAUCUUUUUACUAUCCUGAGCCAUGUAGUAUGCCUGCAUUUUAUUGGGGAAAUACCAUAGCUAGUAGGAUGAGAUAUUUUAUACAACCCCAUCCUGUCCAUCCUCUAAUAGACAGAUCAUUACAGAUGCCUAUGAGGCAGAGACUGGUGCCUUUGUUUCCCCACCAAUUUUCUUUUUCCUAUUCAGUUUCAAAAAGAGAUUCCUGGGUUGGGAGAGAGAUUUUAUUUUACUGAACCAAUUCUGUAGAAAUUUAUUUUAUUAGGAAACUUGUCUUUGGAACAAAGUGGCAGCUAUAGGAUUAUUUUUGUUUUGCCUCAGAAAUUUGAGGAAGCCAGCAAAACUAGUGGGGAGACACCAAUUUAGAUACCUAAUAAUCUUAACUGUUUUAGUGGUUUUUGUUUCUGAGAUGUUUUGUUUUCUUUUAUCAUGACAGCAGAAUGAGAUGGUGCUGACAUUUUAUAUAAAGUGGUUAAGAACAGGUCUAAUAAACCCUGCAUUGGCUCUGUAUGAGUGUUGAGUAAAAAAAUGUUAAAACGUAAGUGAAAAUUUCCUCUUAUUCAGACAUUGGGAUCAGUGAAUUAUGUGCAUUUUUACUUAGUAAUUUUCUGUUGAACUUUACUGAAUUAUACAAGUCUUAGUGACGGGUUUUCUUAGUAGAAUGCCUCAUCUUAAAUGAGAAAGCAGUAGUUACUUUAUAGUCUUGGACUUUAAAAGUUUUGGUAGUGAAGCACUUGCUUCAAUUAUUUUUUAAGAAAAUAAACCAGAUGAAUACCCCUAAAAUGCAUGUGGGUUAUAAGAAUUUUGCCUAGUAAAAAUUGUGAUAAGCAAAUACUUUUAAAUAUUUCUCACUUUCUGUGAUUUUUACUUGCAGUAUUAACUAUAGUUCUAGGAUUUUCUACAUUUUCUAGUAACAGUUUUCAGAAUCUUAUGUAUAUCCUAAUUAGCAGAUAUUAUCAUCAUCAAAUAAUAAUAUAGUAUAAUUAUUUUUGGGAGCCAGUCUGAACUGCCCAUCUGAUGGCACAGCCCAGACGCCCGGAAAGAAGGAACCACAAUGCGGGCCUCUGAAAGGAACAUCCCCACUAUCUCUCCUUGUUAUUAUGGUGUUUGGAAAUGUUAUUGGUCACUUACACAUCUAAUUUGGAAAACCAAAUUUAAAAUACCUUGGGAGAAAUGUUAGAGGCAAGACCCCCUCCUAAUUCUUCCCGGUGGUAAAGAUACCUUAAGACAACUGCUGGGCAUAGAAGCCAUGGGGCAUAAAUCUGCAAAGAAGUAAAAAAAGCUCUUCAAAGAAUAUUGCUUCUCUCUCACUUACCAACUUUACAUCUCCCUGUAUGGCCCCGGAAGGUGACUGGUUAGCCAGAGACGGGUAAGAUUCCUCAAGGGAGGAACAACCUAAGACAGGCACAGUCGCAGGGGGGCCAUCAGGUGAACAAUAGGGGGUCAACAGAGGUGAGACUCAACCUCACCCCCCAAUUUUGAGAGAAAUCUUCUGCACCCAUGGCCGUUGUUGCCCUUGACUCGCUUGGAUCAAUACCCAGUUUUAGGCAUGGAUCUGACCAUCUACACUGGCUUUCCUACUGCACUAAACUCUACUUUCCAUCUUAUUCUACAUCACAAGGUUUAAAAAGUAGAUUAUCUUUUAUGAAAAAGUAAACUGUGUUAAAAAGCUUUGUAUUAGAAACUGUAGUCUUUAUUAUAUUUACUUACUAUUUUAACAUUUUAUAAAAAAAUAAGAGAAGGAUACGUAGAAGACAUUGGAAACAAGUAUCAAGUCAUAAUAAACAGAUUGUUUGAGUGGGUUCCAGUUCCCUCUCCCGGCCCAACUCGGCCCCGUGAGGAAUUUCUAAAUGACUCCCAGACCUGUUGGGUCCCGGGGAAUGAUAGGACAAUAAAGGACAGUCAGCGUGAAUGAUGGCAUGUCAAAGGGCCUGGCAUGAUUACAGAGACUCUCCCGAUAGAAAAGAUCACUACUACAGACAUUAUUGUAAAUGGUUUAAGGAAACUCUAAGACAGACAUGCCCCUGCUUCCCCCCCCUAGGAAGAGAAGUGGCCUGACUGGGCCCCUGUGCCUUCUGACUCAGUGGUCAUUGUCCCCUCCCCCAGGGGCAAUGCGCUCGUCUCUCCAAAACUGGGCACCUACCCAAGGGUACAGAGUUUUCAGUUCCCGCAAUUACAAUCAGCUUAGUCUUGCUACACUGCUCUGAUGAUACACUGUUUUGAUGUUCUUUGUUAAAUCUGUGCAUAGUGCUCUAAACCUAGAAAAAUAGACUUAGCUAUAUUUGUUAAUCAGAUGAAUAGGAACCAUGGCUAUUUUAGAAUCAAUAAUAAGGAAACUGCAAGUAGGGCCCAGGCCAACCAGGCGUGAGGGAACAGGUCGUUUGGGAAGCCAAGGAAGCAUAAGUGCAAAAAAUUAAUGAUUGCUAAGGCGCCAGUAAUCUAAUUUCUAAAGAUUGACCUUUAUGUGAACAUUUUUUCUGAAAGAAUCAAAUGAUCUAAUCUUUGUGAAACUGCAUACUCAAAACAUAUAUGACCUUGCUAAACUUCAAUAAAACAGGCCAGGCUCAGCU